AUGAAAUAAGAAGAAAAAAGCAAAUAAAUAUUGGUGGUUUGUACAUGAUGAAUAACUGUGGACUGUGGUGAUGGAGCUCAGCUGUGAGCUGCUGCACCUAACAAUUGGCCACACAAACAUUGGCAGAUGCUGUAAUCCUAUGUGCCUGUAUUUACAGCAUCUAUUUAGUAUUUAUAGCUCUACUUCUUGGGCAUACGCAUCAGCACCAUUUUGAAAUCAUAACAUAAUGGAAGCCAUUUGGAAGCAUAUGACCCUCUUGACAAACCACCUCCUUUCAACACUGUGGCCCUGGGAACCCAUGUUCCAUUUUUUGGCAAUGUGUUUCCUCCUCCUUCUUUUUUUCCUGGUCAAACACUUCCUCUCAAAGCCCUCUCCCGUUUACCUUGUGGAUUUCUCAUGUCUUAAACCACCAAGCCAUUGCAGGGUGCCUUUUGCUACGUUUCUUGAAAACGCUUCCAUGCUCGGUUUCUUUGACAGUGAGAGCAUAGCUUUCAUGGCCAAAGUCCUCCAUAACUCAGGACAAAGUGAAGAGACAUAUCUCCCCCCGUCCUUGCACUACAUUCCUCCAGAGACUCACCAUACAGAAUCCAUCAAAGAGGUGCAAAUGGUUCUUUAUCCCGUCAUGAAUGAUCUUCUCGCAAAAACCAACAUUUCGCCCCUUCACAUAGACAUACUCAUUGUAAACUGCAGUGGCUUUUGCCCCUCACCUUCUUUAUCCUCCAUUGUCGUUAACAAAUACUCCAUGAGAAGUGACGUUAAGAGCUAUAAUAUUUCUGGCAUGGGGUGCAGUGCAAGUGCCAUUUGCAUCGAGUUAGCUCAGAAUCUUCUCAGAGUUCACAAGAACUCUAAUGCCGUUGUUCUCAGCACAGAGAUUUUGUCUACAGGUUGGUAUUCAGGCAAUGAAAAGUCCAAGUUGCUGAUAAACUGCAGCUUUCGGAUGGGAAGUGCAGCAAUUUUGCUCUCAAACAAGAAAGAAGCAAAGAAAAGUGCCAAGUACAGGGUGGUUAGGACACUUCGAACCCAGAGGGCCUUUGAUGACAAGGCUUAUUUAUCUGCCAUAAGGGAAGAAGAUUCUGAAGGAAAUCUUGGGGUGACAAUAAACAGGGAAUCAGUUCAAGAAGUUCGUGAAACUAUCCGUUCAAACGUCUCCAUUUUGGGGUCUCAAAUCUUGCCUCUUUCGGAGAAGUUUCGGUAUGCGGUGUCUAUGAUCAAGAAGAGGUUCAACAAGUCUGAGGGAAUUUACGUGCCAAAUUUUAAGGUAGUGAUACAACACUUCUGCUUCCCUUGUUCGGGAAGGCCAUUGAUAAUAGAAUUGGGGAAAGGGUUGGGGCUUUCGGAGAGAGACAUUGAACCUGCUUUGAUGACACUGCACAGGUUUGGAAACCAGUCUUCUUCCUCAUUGUGGUAUGAACUAGCUUACUUGGAAACCAAGGAAAAAGUGCACAAGGGAGACAAGAUUUGGCAACUUGGAAUGGGAACAGGACUCAAAUGUGACAGUAUUAUUUUGCAGUGUAUUAGGCCUAUAGUUGGAGAGCACGAGAAGGGACCAUGGGCAGAUUGCAUCCAUCGAUACCCAAUAUUAGCCCUGGAUUAAGAAUCACUGUUUCUGUUAUGAUUCCAAUAUUAAAUGAAUAACAAUGACUCAGCCAUUUCUUACUU